UCUACGUAGCAGUGGAGCAGGAGCAGGACGGAAUAAGGAUACCGUCAAAUAAACACUGUCGAAAAAAGACGUUUUUCUGUUAGCUGGCUCCUUACAAAAAGCUACAUCCUGUCGGGAAGGACAAACAUUAACCGUCUGCAGAAACUAUUUAUUUCCAGCGGCUGUUGUGUGACCAGUGUAACUCCAGAUACAGUGGCAGAUGAAAGUAGCAAUGCCUGAAAAGCAUGUCUCACAAAGAAGAUAAUGAAGGGAAAAGGAGCUCUCAUCACACUGAAUUGUACAACAGCAUCCCUCGGACAUGUUUGCCCAUUGUGUACCACCCGGACUACAACAUCACCUUCAUGGGCCUUGAAAAGCUACAUCCAUUUGAUGCAGGGAAGUGGGGGAAAGUCAUUCACUUCUUGAAAGAGGAGCAGUUCAUCACUGAUGGGAACAUUGUGGAAGCCCGUGAAGCUGCUGAAGAGGAUCUGCUGGUGGUUCACACCACACACUACCUCAACAGACUGAAGUGGUCUGCGGUGGUGGCGACGAUCACAGAAAUUCCACCUCUCCUGUUUCUGCCUAAUUUCCUGGUGCAGCGGAAAGUGUUGCGGCCUUUACGGACGCAGACUGGAGGAACAAUAAUGGCAGGAAAGCUGGCUGUUGACAGAGGAUGGGCUGUAAAUGUGGGAGGAGGCUUCCACCACUGCUCCAGCGACAGGGGAGGGGGGUUUUGUGCCUAUGCUGACAUCACUCUGGCCAUCAGGUUUCUGUUUGAGAGAGUGGAAGGCAUCUCCAGGGCGACCAUCAUCGAUCUGGAUGCUCAUCAGGGAAAUGGACACGAGCGUGAUUUCUUGGAAGACGGCCGAGUGUUCAUCAUGGAUGUGUAUAAUCGCUACAUAUAUCCUGGGGACGAAUAUGCCAAAAGAGCCAUAAAGAGGAAAGUGGAGCUGGACGGGGGCACUGAAGACUCAGAGUAUCUUCAGAAAGUAGAGCUUCACUCUGACGGAGCGCUGAAUGAGGUCCGAACUGACAUCAUCGUCUACAACGCAGGGACAGACAUCUUGGCUGGGGACCCCCUUGGAGGACUCUCCAUAUCACCACAGGGCAUUGUUAAGAGAGAUGAGAUUGUGUUCAGGGCUGCGAGGCGACGGGGCAUCCCUAUCCUCAUGGUGACAUCUGGGGGAUACCAGAAGAAAACAGCCCGCAUCAUCGCUGACUCCAUCCUCAACUUACAUCGGCAGGGCCUGAUUGGAGCAGAGGCUCUGGAGGGGGAGGGAUCAUCAUCACUGGUGACCAACAUGAUGUGUAACUCUGGAUCUGCUGGAUCAACAGUCACUGCCAUCUGAGAUACAUUAACUCUCAAAUGUGUGCCAUCUACAGCUUUGACAUUUAAAGGCACUGAAGUAACUUUAUAACGUGCAGUUACUGUGUGACAGCAGGGAUGAUAUUGUAAGUCUACUACUGUCACAGAGCAACAUGUUUAUUUGAAAUGUUAUGACCAGGGGGUUACCCAAUGCUUGUUUUCACAUAUAUAACAACACAAAUUUCCUCUGGUCAUUUUCUUCUUACAUUUUAUAUGUAUGAAUUGACAAUUACUCAAAGGGAAUAAUCGAAUAACAGCACUCUCCUGAGAGUCCAUGAUAUUGUAAAGAAGUUUGAUGUUCUUUCAGAUACUUGGGUAUAUUAGUAUAUUAAUUAUACUCCCUCUCAGUUAACGGUUGUAGAGGUGAAAUACUAAAUAAUUGCACAUUGAACCUUUUACUAUCAAACAUAAUCUAAUGGUGAUGUUUAACCUGAAUAGUGUCUUCUUCAUUCCUCAUUAGCAUUUACUUUUAUUACUGCUAGUAUAUUUUGGUGUUUUUCCCUACAUAUUAUUGUGUGUGUGUACAGUAAUGUUAACUAAGCCAUAUUACUUUGAAUUUCUAUCUAAAACGUUAUAAAAGUUUAAAGUUAACUGAAUUAUAAGUGCAUCCUUUACUACAUGACAUACUCACAUUGUCCCUGAAUGUCCCACAAUGGUAAUGUGAAUGGUAAUGUGAAGCUUCAAAGGGUAACUUUUCUGGCAGCUCCAAAUCAAAGUUGAUUACUGGGGAGUGUUCUGGUCCUGGGUCUUAUUUCUGUGCUUUUGGCCAUCAUUGUUUGGCUAAUAAUGAUAUUAGGCAAGAUUUAGAAAAGGAAUCUAAUCUUCCUACAUAGAUAGCUAGCUACAUUCCAGAAAAAUAGCAUGCAAUACAUAACGAAGCAUCUCACAGUUAAACCUGCAGCUUCAGGGCCGUGUGAUCACAGACAUGUAUGAUGCCGAGCUGCCUGUGGGAGACUCAGAUGCAGAAGGAAACUUUGGUCACUACGUGUU